AUGCCCGAAUUCUAUCCGUCCAUCUCCGAUGAUAUGCGGGACGGGGUUCUACGACAGAGCGUCUUCUUGGUCGCCUCCGCCCCGCUGCAAGGUCCAAACGAAGCUGCUUACAUCGACGCGAUCGGGUCGGGGAGUGAGACCAUCAGCCAUGUGCGUGAUCGCAUCUCGGUCAUGUUCUGCUCCUUCGACGCGGCGCCCAGGAUCGUGCGCUUCUUCUGCAACGGCUUAAUGAUCGAUCAGCCCGAGUUUCCACACACUCUGGACCACAUGGGAGGCAAGGCCGUGGUUGGAGCACGGGCGAUCACUCGCCUGGACGUCUUCAAGGUUGCGUCUCUACCUUUUCUCCCACGAAAAUCUCCUGCACUUCGACUCCUACGAAGUUGUGUGCGAAUACUGUUCAUCCAUGCUUAUGCAUGGUGA